AUGGAGCCAACACUUGUCAGCAACAACAAAAGCAACAGCAACAAUGGCAGUGGAAAUUCUGACUAUGAAAAGAUUAUUAGUUGGUUUGAAGAUGUAUCUAACAACACAGGUUCUGUUCAAACUGAGAUAUUAAGCCAUAUUCUGAAAGAGAAUUAUGGGGUUCAAUAUCUGAAGAAAUGGUUGGGGGUUUACAAUAUUCUAGAAAUGGAAGCAUGUGCAAUGGAAUCCCUUUUCACUUCUUUGGUUCCUAUUGCUUCUCAUGCUGAUUUUGAACCAUUCAUUCAGAGAAUUUCUGAUGGAGACACUGCUCCUUUACUCACUCAACAACCUAUAACCACUCUUUCCUUAAGCUCUGGUACAACAGAUGGGAGGCAGAAAUUCGUACCCUUUACUCGACACAGUGCUCAGACCACGCUGCAAAUUUUCACUUUAUCAGCAGCCUAUAGAUCAAGGGUUUAUCCCAUAAGAGAAGGAGGAAGAGUUCUUGAAUUCAUAUAUGGUAGCAAUUGUUUCAAAACGAAAGGAAAUUUAACAGUAGGAACAGCCACAACACAUUGUUAUGCAAGUGAAGAAUUCAAAACCAAAAACCACAAAGCAAAGUCAUUUAGUUGCAGUCCAGAACAAGUCAUUUUCAAUGGAGACUACAAACAAUCCACAUAUUGUCACCUCCUUCUCGGCCUCUUCUAUUCCGAUCAAGUAGAAUUCAUCACCUCGGCUUUUGUCUACACCCUGGUGCAAGCAUUCACAACAUUCGAAGAACAUUGGAGAGAAUUAUGUAAUGACAUUAAAAACGGAACACUAAGUUCAAGAAUCAAAUUACCAAAACUCCGAGAUGCCAUUUUGGAGAUAAUAAAUUCUAAAAAUGGCUCAAAUGCAAACUUGGCUUCAAAAUUAGAAGGCUACUGUGAGGAGCUAGAGAAAGUUGAUUGGUUUGGUUUGGUUCCAAAGAUUUGGCCAAAUGCAAAGUACAUGUAUUCAAUAAUGACAGGUUCUAUGAUACCAUAUCUGAAAAAACUUAGACAUUAUGGAAAUGGGUUGCCUAUGAUUAGUGCUGAUUAUGGAUCAACUGAGAGCUGGAUUGGAGUUAAUGUUGAUCCUAGUUUGGAUCCAGAACAAGUAACUUUUGCUGUUGUUCCAACAUUCUCUUACUUUGAGUUCAUACCUCUUCAUAGAAAUAAACAAGAUAGCAGUGAUGAUUUCAUUGAAGACAAGGCUAUUCCACUCUCUAAGGUUAUUGUUGGACAACACUAUGAAAUUGUACUUACUACUUUUACAGGAUUGUACAGGUGCAGACUAGGGGACGUGGUAGAAGUGGCAGGAUUUCACAAUGGGACCCCAAAAUUGAACUUUGUAUGCAGAAGAAAACUAAUUCUAACAGUCAACAUAGACAAAAACUCUGAGAAGGAUCUUCAACUAGUGGUAGAGAGAGGUUCACAGAUUCUAAACAAAUCAAAAGCAGAAAUUGUUGACUUUACUAGCAAUGCAGAUGUGAAAAACCAACCUGGUCACUAUGUUAUUUACUGGGAGAUUAAAGGAGAAGUGGAGGAUAAUGUACUUGAUGAUUGUUGUAGAGAAAUGGAUCUAUCUUUUGCUGAUCAUGGUUAUGUGGUUUCAAGAAAAACAAACUCAAUUGGGCCAUUAGAACUUUGCAUUUUGGAGAGAGGAACUUUUAAGAAGAUUUUGGAUAGUUUUAUAGCCAAUGGAGUUGCAUUGAACCAGUUUAAGACUCCUAGGUGCACUAACAAUCACGUGUUACUCAAAAUUCUUGACACUUGUACCAUUAAAAGGUUUCAUAGCACAGCUUAUAGUUCAAUUAAUUAA